GCGGGCUCUUGUAGCACUUCUGCGCGGCUGAUUGGCUCCGUUUUGAAAGUGGGAAGUUCCUGUGCGCCGGUGUCUCCCUGGAUGCGCAAGACGCCAUUUUGGAGAGACAGCGUAAGAUAACGGAAAGAUCGAGAAGCUGCCCUUUCUAAAGCUUCGUCACCAUGGGGAAUAUGUUUGGGCAGAUAUUCAAAGGCCUUUUUGGCAAAAAAGAGAUGAGAAUUCUUAUGGUGGGGCUUGAUGCUGCUGGAAAAACAACCAUCCUGUAUAAACUGAAACUCGGAGAGAUAGUCACCACCAUUCCCACCAUUGGUUUUAAUGUUGAAACUGUAGAAUACAAGAACAUCAGCUUCACAGUGUGGGACGUAGGCGGUCAGGACAAAAUCAGGCCACUGUGGCGCCACUACUUCCAGAACACUCAAGGGCUUAUAUUUGUUGUGGACAGCAACGACAGAGAGAGAGUGAACGAGGCACGGGAAGAAUUGUCCAGAAUGCUUUCCGAAGAUGAGCUCAGAGAUGCCGUGCUGCUUGUUUUUGCAAAUAAACAGGAUCUACCCAACGCUAUGAACGCUGCAGAGAUCACAGACAAGCUGGGUUUGCAUUCACUUCGUCACCGUAACUGGUACAUCCAGGCCACCUGCGCCACCAGCGGAGACGGCUUGUACGAGGGCUUGGACUGGCUCUCCAACCAGCUGAAGAACUCCCCGAAAUGAUCCAUUCCACCAGUUUUGAUUUAUUAUUUUUUGUUUGUUGUUUAUUUUUUUCUGUUUCAACACAGUGGCAGCACCGGAUUAAGGCCCCUUGCGCCCCAAACCUUUUACCCAACUUUGAACGCCAGCUCUUUUUCUUCCGAGAACAUCUUUCAUUCCCUACCGACUUCCUCCUGCUUCCUCCCAUUGUCAGUGCUCCCGGGGCUCUAGCCUGUGCUGCUUGUGUGUGCGCGUGGGUGUGCGUGUGUGUACCUAGUGUGUCCAGCGAGUGCGUGUGGGUGUGAAGGCGUCUCUGUGUACGUUGGCUGGGAUUGGGAGUAACCCUGGCGUGCCUUUUACACACCUCCUGUGGAAUCAGCAGUCCGGUUUCUCAAGCCCCACCUCAUCAUCGAACCACCAUACUCAGUCUACCCCCACUUCCAGUCUUGCACGACCCCCUUCUCCCCACCCUUACUCUGCAGAGAAAAGCAUGGUUUUCAUAAGGCCAAGAACGAGCAAGGGUGCAAGCUCUCCUCCCGCUGUAGGAUACUCUUUGAAAAGUGCACCAGAUGUAGAAUGAAUGCUAGUUCAAUUUAACCUUUGAUUUACAAACCUUAUUAGCCCACCACUCAGUGAUUUCAGUAAAUUGCAUCUUAACCUGUAUCAGGUCAAAGCAAAUCACAGAACGCACAUCCUCGUUCAUUCUGCUGUCCUUUGAAAAUUAUGCUCUUUGUUUUUAUUAUUAUAUUGGAAUAUAACAGAUUAUUCUUAGCAAAUGGUUCUUGGAUGAACACUACCUUUCUCCCCACUAAGUAUGACCGUGAAGCACAAGGCAAGCCAACAAUCUCGGUUGAAUUGAAGAGAAUAAAAUGUACUUUAAAAAUUCAAACUGUAUGCAAUUCUGUUAUGUUAAAUCUCCUUCAUUUGAAUUGGAUCUAUUGGAGGACCUUUUUAAUCAUUACCAUGACUGUUCUUGGGUUGGUGAAAAAAGGUCUUGGGCAUUUCGCACAUUCUUUCAGCUGUUCAGGUGGCGACAGGUGUCCUCCUACAUUCACAGGCUUCACAUUAUAUUCCUUUAAACGAUGUUACAUAUGUUUAUUUUCUGUGACUAGUUUUAGCAUCUUUCUAUUUGUAUAAUGACUGCUGAACCAAAUGCAUUUGAGCAGUAUGACAAAUCUUAAGUGAAAGUUGUGCAUUUUGAGGGCCUACUGUCAUAAACCGCAGUUUUACAUUGACCUGAGAAUCGGAAAGCAUCCAGUAGUCUGUAAUUUCCUGGUUGGGAUGAAGGAUGGCACCACAAAUGAAGGCUCAAUAACUGUGAAUAGGCCAGACGAUUGAAAAGAGGAAACCUAGUCUGGGUGUUUGCUGACUCCUGCACUGCAUAUUUCAUGACUGAUUACUUAAAACCAACAUGACUACAACUCACAGCGGCCCCUCGUCUGAAAAGUUGGAGGGACUGGUGUACCUGUGUAGGGGUGUGCAGGCCAAACUGGUUGUGAGAUUUCAGGCGUCCUCAGUGUUGAACCAAUGGGGGUAAAGCUGGCACUUCUGUCAUAAGGAUGAUUGUAAAUCUGUAAGUACCCUGUAAACUGUUUCUGUGGGGAUUUCCUGAUCACAUUAAUAAACACAAUUUGACCCAAA